UAAAUAGAUUUUGAAUAGCAGCUCUCAGUUGAGGUCGAGCUUGGGAACUGGAAACUGCAUCAUGCGUCUGCUAAUUGUGCUUGUUUGUAUGGCGUUUGCCGCCACAAAUGCGCAGCAGAAUUACGAUGGCCGGAACGGCCCACACGAGUUCGGGCAGCCGGGAAAUGGCAUCUACAUAAGGGGCCAGAACGAAGGACCCUAUCAGGUGCCCGGCGUGGGCGGUACCUUCCAGAAUUCAUCCGGACGCGUCUAUCUCUACACGGAUGACAACGGCAACACGUACAGGCAUCACUCGUCGGGGUCAAAUGUCAGAAGUUUUGCGCCUUCAAGCGUGAAUUUGAGCUUAGGCGGUGUUUUAUUAGUUCUUAUGAGUUUAAUCACACUAUAAAGUGGUUGUCAAAAAUGGGUUCUAAUUUGAAUAAUUGAUUAAACUCUUCUUAAUUAGGUGUAUAUUAAAUAUACUAUAUUUGGGGAAAGGGUUAAUUUAUAUAUGGCUAAAUGUACUAAACAAAUAUACAAGUUGAUACCCUUGUGGCAAAAUUUAAA